UUAGGCAAGCCCCAACUCAUAAAUGUGAUCUGAGAGGCAAUUGCUCAGAGCUGAGCAGGCGACUGGGGAAAACUUGUGCAGUUUCUUUGUUGUUAGUGGUGUCAAAUCUUUGUUUGUAGCUAACAUGUACAGGAGCAAUGCUGCUGUCAAGCGCAAUGCUAAUCAAGAAAAUCAACAUCUUGUCCCGCAGAUGGGCCCAGUUAGCCAAAAGCAGAGGACCGUUUUAGGGGUGCUAAACGAGAACGACCAGCAGAGGCGUUCGCUUUCUCAGGUUUCUGCGAAAGUUUGUGGUACCGUUGCAGUGGGGACUGAUAAUGGGUUCACUUCGGCAAAGAGCUGCAGCACUCUCUCUGAAUGUCCGGCUACUUUUGUGUCCAACCCGAACUUCCAUAUUUAUAUGGAGGAUGAAGUCCAAGACGAAGUCGAAGUCUCUGAAUGUAAUCUAACCUCUGAACUCCAAUCUAAACUUGGAGAAGUUGGUAACGUCUCCAAACCAGCGGACGACUAUUGUCUGUUCUUAGAUCUGAGUGAAGUUUCGCCAAUGUUAGUAGAUUCAUCCAUGCGCUCGCAGCGUUCCCAUGAAGAUUCGCAUGUACACGUAGAUUACCUCGCUGUGGAAGGAUAUGCAGAAGACAUUUAUCGGUACCUCCGAGAAGCAGAAGAGAAAUGCAGACCAAAAUUUGGGUACAUGAAGAAGCAGCCGGACAUAACCCACAGUAUGCGCUCCAUUCUCGUAGACUGGCUGGUUGAAGUUGGCGAGGAGUACAACUUGCAAACUGAAACGUUGUACUUGGCUAUAAACUACCUGGACAGAUUCCUGUCAUGUAUGUCAGUCCUGAGAGGAAAGCUGCAACUGGUGGGCACAGCAGCUAUGCUGGUAGCAUCGAAAUAUGAAGAAAUCUAUCCCCCCGAAAUAGAUGAGUUUGUCUACAUAACAGAUGACACCUACACAAAAAAACAGCUCCUGCGCAUGGAACAUCUCUUGCUCAAGGUGUUGAGCUUUGACAUGACCGUUCCAACGGUUAACCAGUUCCUAACGCAGUUUUUGAAGGAGGAAGGGAUCGAUGGACAAAUGGGAAACCUAGCAAUGAGCUAUUUGAAUGAACCAAGGGGUAUUUGUCUUGCUGAUCCCAACCAAGAUAUUUUUGGACAUGGCCCUAAUAAUAGCAUAGCUUCUUUGCUUGGCAGACAGUACAUAGCUGAACUAAGUCUAUUAGAAGCUGAUGUAUGUUUGAGGUAUGCACCCUCUCUAAUGGCAGCAGCUGCAUAUUGUUUGGCAAACUACACAAUCAACAAUACAUUUUGGCCUCCAGCACUUGCUACAUUUACUGGAUACUCAUUGGUUGAUAUUGUACCUUGUCUGCAUGAUAUGCAUAAGACCUUUCUCCAAGCCAAAUUCCAGCCACAACAAGCCAUUAAAGAAAAAUACAGGAGCUCCAAGUAUCUGAGAAUUUCCCUCAUUGAGCCUCCAGCAACCUUGCCUCUGCAUGCACUGAUUUCAAGUGCCAUUCAAGGAUGAAAAUUGAAUGCUCGUCAGAAAAGUAAAGCACUAACAUUAUAAAUGCCAACAAGGACUGAAUUGGUCAUAAACACUUGAAGGACUGCUGCUAAUUUAACUCAUAGCUGACUGCUAUUGGACUGUGACCUUAUUUGAUAUGGUUUUAAGGUGCAAUUUUUAAGCUACAGUAUUAAGUUUUAAUCUUUAUUUAUAAGGAAUUCCAAAUAGUUUUAUAAACUCCAGUGGAUAGUGAUGGCUCAAAUGCCAUGUACUGCUUCAUUAACCAUUUUAAAUGCUAUUUGCAUUUCUCACUGACUACAAUGGAGGUGGGUUUGAGGAGUGAAUGUUGUACUUUGCAUUUGGACAACCAAUAAAAGUGUUUUUAAAAAAAAAAA